UGCGAUUCUCAGCAACGGAAAUAAAUGGGUACACGCAACGCUGGAAAUUUCAUUUAAUAUUACCAAUGGAAAAAAUUCCAUCGUUCCUGGUGAUACGACAAAGAUUCAAUACUUCCGUAAAAGCGCAGAGGAAACCAAAGGCAAGGAAUAUUACGUUUCUUACAGAACUAACGAUAAGGGGUUUUUCAAACUACAUACAUACAACGCUCUUAAAUCUUUGAAAUCUCAUAGUUCGAUGGAAUUGAAACUGAAUGACUCGUCGUCAAAGGCUUUCUGUGUCGAUGUUGUUUAUUUGUCAGAUAAAAAAAUUCACGGAACCGCAACAUUAUUCUCUUUGGAACUGAAAGAUAAAAGAGGGACAUCAAAAUACAAAGAAUCGGUUGCAUCAAAGGAUUCGUUUGAAUGGACCACGGCGAGAUUCAGAUCAGGAAAUAUUUCAUUGGAAAAGGGUUCGACACUCACCUUGAAUGCACACGUUGAGUCGCUUGUGAUUGGCGGCGUCAAAUUCUGCAAAGAUGGAGACUUGAUUUUUGAGCCAAUUGUAAAAAAACCUAAGAGUUGUCAUGCACUUGCAAGAAAAGCAAAAUUUUCUAAGCCAGAUGAAAUUGACGGAAUUUACAAGAAUCGCUUGCUUUUGCUCAUAGAAUGCAAAUCCUUCAAUGAAAACUGUUCCGGAUUAAAACUGUGCAAAAAUCAGAGUGACAAUUGCACUUGCUUUGCUGGAUUUGAAGGAGAAAACUGUACAAAUCCCUGCGAGAGCAUGAAAUUUGGAAUAAAUUGUGUCAACACGACCCUGAAGCACUGCUUUGGAAACAAAAUCAAUCAAAGCGACGGUAACUGUUUGGAGGGGUGCGCAGAAGGAUAUAUUUUCCCGGAUUGUGAAAAAGAGUGCAGUGGAAACAAUUACGGCGUAAAUUGCUCUGAAAUUUCCACACGCGCCUGUUUAAGUGGAAAUCACUCCCACAUAGACGGAAUUUGCCUGGAAGGUUGCGUCGAUGGGUUCAUUGGGCCUCAAUGUUUCGAAGAAUGCUCAUACAAGCAAUUCGGCAAAAACUGCUCUGAAAUCUCUGAUCGCUCUUGUUCGAAUGACAAACACUUCUCGAAUAAUGGAAGCUGUCAAUUUGGUUGUGCCCAAGGAUACGUAUACCCUGAGUGUUUAAAAGAAAUCCAAAAAGCAAUUCCCAGUUACAAAACUAUCAGUUUUGAUAGAAUCAUUCUAGACCUUGCGACUAGUUUAGAAGGAAAGGAAAACAUCAGUCACAUCUUUAUCCAAUACAAAGAGAACUCUGAAGACCAAUGGAUGAAUUCCAGUGAUGGCUAUAUUUUCAAUGAUCAAGCUGAGUAUUUGGUCACGAGUCUGAAGCCGAAAACUGAUUACAACGUUAGACUUGCCCUAUUUGAAAACGACACGAUGGACUACCCAGAAAAUUUCUUGCCUGGAGACGAAUUGAAUUUUACCACGGAAUGCAGACUGAUUGAUGAAUCUUCUUUAAAUGUGAAAAAUGUCAACAUGAAAACGUAUUCAGUCAGCUUAAACUUCAGUGAUGAUGCUCAAAAAGGGGAACUGUGCUCACCACAAAUGCUGACGGUUUACCACGAUGAACUUGGACGUAUUUUCAAUGAAACGUUGGACGGCAUAGAUUUUCAAAAGUCUAUAAUCGACUGCAAAUGCGGAGAAAACAAAAUUGAGCUGACGUUUAAGAAUGCAAUCCUCUACCAGAAUUACGCUUGCGAGAACUGUCCAAAAAAUGCUGAGAAUUAUCACAACAUAUACAUCCCAGUUUUGACAACAAUAAUAAUUUUGAUCGUGAUCACUGCUACCGGAGUUGGAGUCUAUUUUAUCAAAAGGAAAAGAUCUCAUUCUCCAAAUCGAGUCCAAUUUUCUUCCCACGUGGAAAUAAUAGCCAGUGCAGAAAUGGUGCCUCUAUCAAUCAUAGAUCAAAAUGACGAAUCAAGCGAAAAAUCUGAUCAAGAUGUCGAAAAAUACUUGCUAUCGUCCCUGGCAAGCAAUGUCCUAAAGGAGCAAUUCGAGAAAUUCCCUCGCGGCCAAACUCAAUCAUGGGUUUGCGGCGUCAAACCGGAAAAUAAGAAAAAGAAUCGAUACGGUAAUUUGGCCGCGUACGACUCUUCACGGGUGAAACUGGAGCUUCUGCCUGGAGAUGAAAACUCCGACUACAUCAACGCAAAUUACAUCGAUGGAUUUGAACGCCCGAAGGCAUACAUCGCAACGCAAGGACCGAGAGUGAACACUCUUGACGACUUCUGGAGAAUGGUGUGGCAGGAGAAAGUUCCGUUAAUUGUGAUGGUGACAAAUCUACUGGAGGGUGGCAAGAACAAGUGUGAGAAAUUCUGGCCCGACAACAACCAGGAAGUGACGCACGGCAGAAUCACUGUUCGCACCGUCGACAAGGAAGUAAACGCCGACUACGUCUCCAGGGUCCUCUAUGUUUCGUGCAACAAUACAAAUAGACUCGUUCAGCACUUGCAUUACACGGUGUGGCCUGACCACGGCGUGCCACUUUAUCCGCAGUCCAUGGCGGUUUUCGUCGAGAAAAUAGCAGAAAAAAAUUACGCACACCCCAUUUUGGUGCACUGCAGCGCUGGCGUUGGAAGGACCGGUACGAUGAUUUUGAUCGAUGCUUGUCUCCGAAUGAUUCGCACGCACGGCCGUCUUGAUGUUGAAAAUAUUUUCGCCACGAUGCGGUCCCAAAGAGCGAAUUUAGUCGAUAAUUUGAAACAAUUCGAGUUUGCCCACUUGGUGCUCUUGGAGUGCGUUGCCAACCCGAAUUUUGAGAUCAGCUGUGCCAAUUUUACUGAAGAAUACAACAAAUUGACGUCAAACGACAACGGAAAGCUGAAGGAGAGCUACUCAAAACUCUCGAAAAUGUGCGAGAGAGAUUUUCAGAGAACGGAAACACCGGCUAAAAAUGAAGCGAACAAGUGCAGAUACCCCAACUUUAUUUCCUCAUCAAACAGCAUCGUGCAACUCUUCCCAUUCGAAAAUGUGGUGACAAUGAGUUUCGUCAACGCCGUCACUGUCGACGGAUACAAGAAAGCGAAACAAUUUAUCGCCACUCAAGCGCCGAUGGAAAACACGGUGGCGGACUUUUGGAGGAUGGUCGACCAGUUCAACGUCAGUGAAAUCGUCGUCCUUAAUGAGCCGCACAUUACAGAAGCUCAAUACCUUCCAACGAAGCAACAAAAGUUUGUCUUUGGCGAAAUCGAAGUUAUUUUGGAUGAUGUUCAAGAAUACCGCUCUGUGAAGACUUCGGAUGUCACACUCAAAAAAAAAGGAGUAAUAAAAAAAUUAAGCGUAAAAUGCGCCUCAUUUGGUUGGAUGCCGGGCGAUUUGUCUCCCCCUAACAUGGUAUCGCUCAUCGAUCUGUGGGACAACUUGAAAAUCGCCGGUGAAAAAGAGUACAUCGCGAUUGUUUGCCAUGAUGGAGUGACGGCCAGCGGGCUUUUCCUCGGCAUGGGUUUCGUGAUCGAAAAAAUCAAGUUGGAGCAAAAGGUGGACGUCGGACUGGCGGUGCGAACCCUGAAGAAGUCGAGGCCGGCCUUUGUUUCCUCCGAGAUCCAGUUCGGACUUCUCUAUGAAGCUGCCAAACACUACUUGUGCUCCUUUGACACCUAUGGAAACUUCAAAUGAGUGAACUUAUCUAUUCUCACAACGUUAUAUUACACUUUAAUCAAUAAUAUCAAGUAAUAUUCUCGUUGAAAUAAGUUAAAUUUAAGGAUAAAUAAAGAAUAAAGAAAAUAAUAUGAUUAGUUAAAAUACUAAAAAUAAUGGAAGAUUUAAUAUUUAUUAGAAAUACAAUUUUAAUCAUAGAAACGCCUAAACCACGUGCGAGGGAGAGAAAAUUCUCCCUAAAGAACGCUUGUAUGCUUCUUAUUACAAUAUUUAUUUGUGUGUAAACAGUCUCUUCACGAGCCCAAGUGAAAAAAAUCAUUAAUCGCUUCAUAAUAGUAAA